AAUUCAGUUGUUGUUGAAGACUUGAAGGUCCCUCUUCUUAUCAUACCCAUUAACCAUUGCAGAAGCUGCAAGAAAGUUCCGGAUUACAUGUUAUGAUUCCAUUCUUUCCUUCAAUUCCCUUUCAUCUCUAUCUUUGAUUCCAUUUCUCACAUUUCAAUCCAUUUCUUAUUAGGGUUUCCACAUUGAUACUAUCAUUUUUUAAUUACUUUUCUAUUCUUCAACAGUGAUCGAACAUUCAAACAGCAUCAGUGUCGAUUAACCCACGAGUCAUGACAACAUGAUCGCUUGUUCUCCAAUCAAAACCCGCGUAAAACAAAUCCUCAGUCCAAGACGGACCCGCCAAAAUCUAAUGCCGCAAUCUGCAUCAAACGCAUGCUGUUUUCAUCUCCCGUUUUGUACUCCCAAACCAAAUCAUGUUGCAAAAUCAACCAUCGUAACUCAAAGGACUAACUGGCGGUCACUGACUGUUCAAAGUGCUAUGCGGUUACAAAAAACGCCCCGUAGUGGUCUUUCGGUUGGGUCCUGCAAUAUGAAUCUAAGGUUUUUGUUCCCGAAACAAGGGAUUAUAUCAAGAUUGAAAUGGAGCUUGGUUCCUGGAUCUUGGAUGCAAGGGUGUGCGUCAACCGGAGUUGUAAUUGGAUUAUCCGUUUGUAAUUCAAGUUCUGAAUCUGAAAGCGUACAUGCCGAAGCUAAAGAGAAUAAAAAAGACGAUUGUGGUUCCUCUACCACCAUUUUUUCACAUGGAAAGCAAGUUUACACCAACUAUUCAGUAAUCGGAAUACCCGGGGAUGGAAGAUGUUUGUUUCGGGCCGUUGCUCAUGGAGCUUGUAUAAGAUCAGGAAAGCCUGCUCCUAAUGAGAGACUGCAAAGAGAGUUAGCUGAUGAAUUACGCUCCAAAGUGGCUGAUGAAUUUGUUAAAAGACGGGAAGAGACAGAAUGGUUCAUUGAAGGCGACUUUGAUUCAUAUGUGUCACAAAUAAGGAAGCCACAUGUAUGGGGAGGUGAACCUGAAUUGCUAAUGGCUUCUCAUGUUCUCAAGAUGCCAAUUUCGGUGUACAUGAAUGAUAAAGAUUCAGGUGGUCUCAUAUCUAUUGCUGAAUACGGUCAAGAAGAAUACGGGAAAGAAAAUCCUAUUAAAGUAUUGUAUCAUGGGUUCGGUCAUUACGAUGCGUUGCAUAUUAAUGGUGAAAACUGAAAACGAUUCUUGAUCUAGACUAGAGAAAUUUAACUGCUAGUUAACUCAUUACUAAAUUGUUGUAUUUUAGAUGCAGAAAAUAAUAAGGUUGACCAUUGAUGAAAAAUAAAACAUUAGUGAACUGAUACCUCUUUUUUUUU